AUGUUUGGCCUGAGCAAGUUCGCCGUGGCUCUCGCCGCCGCCGUGAGCAUCGUGCCACAAGCAAUUGCUGCCCCAACAGAACUGCACCCAGGAAAUGCGUCCAAUUUGAUCAUUGACGCUCAAGACACGAUUAAUGGAACUAUACAAGGUACCGCUAUGGCAGCCAGUGCUACUGCUGCCUCGAGCAACGAAACCCUUACCCUCACCGUCACAAACAACAUCGGCAGUGGCGUGAACUGCUACGUCGUUGGCAGUGAUCCUGAUGGAGGAGCCCCCAUGAUCUUGAAGCCCGACUUCACUUGGUACUACCCAUCCGCACCAACCACCGACAUAGGCGUUCCCCAGGAAAUCACCGAAGACCUUGCCAUCCCCGUCAGUGACAGCGGCGAAACCACCAUCACCGUCCCUAGCUACGUCAACUCUGCUCGUGUCUGGUUCGCAGUUGGCGAGCUCAAGUUCUACACCGUCACCAGCGCUGACGGAGGCUUUUCCGUUGUCCAGCCCUCACAGAGCAACCCGGAGGACCCCAGCGCCGGUAUCAACUGGGGUUUCGUGGAAUUCAGCUGGUUGUCUGCCACUGGCGUCUACGCAAACGUUAGCUACGUCGACUUUGUGGGUCUACCACUUGGUUUGUCGCUCACAAACACAACCGGGGGAGUCCAAACGGCCCUUGGCCUUGAGGCCGAUGCUGUCUCUAAAGUGUGUGAUGAUCUAACCGCCCAGGCCGCCGUGGAUGGAUACCCAUGGGAUGCUCUCUGCCAGUCGAUAAACGGCACGGUGAUGCGAGUCCUGGCUCCUUACGACUUUAUGAAAGCCAACUCCUCCAGUGGCUUUGAAGACUACUUCACCGACUACGUUAACGAAGUCUGGUCCAACUUCACCGACACCCCACUCACCAUCGACACCCAGAACACCCCCGGCAACGUGACCUGCACUGUCUCUGGCGAUAUCCUCGGCUGCGCCGGUGACAACGUUAACUACACCAAGCCUUCGACCGAAGACAUUUUCGGCUGCAGCACCGGCCCCUUCGUCACCAGCCCCUCCGACACCAAGGUUCACCAGGCUGCCGUGCCUCGUCUCUGCGCUGCUUUCAACCGCGCUACGUUCUUGCUGGAUGGCGGAAAUGUCCAGCCCAGCCUCCCAGAAUCGGACUACUACACCACCCUUCCCAAUAACUACUACUCCAAGGUUGUGCACAAAUAUGAGGUUGACGGCAAGGGCUAUGCCUUUUCGUACGAUGAUGUCAACCCGUCGGGUUCAGAUGAAAAUGCCUCCGGUGAGGUGUCGUCUCUGAAGCCAAAGGUUCUAGCCAUUACUGUUGGCGGGCCUAGCAGCGCGUAG